GCAAUAGAAAUUUUUACCCUGGCACAAUAGACAUAAUACCGUAAGGGAAAGAUGAAAGAACUGUAUCAAGCACUAAAAAGCAAAGACAAGCCCUUGUACCUUCUGCAUAAUGUAUUAACCAGAAAUAACUUUACACAGAGAACUACAGCCAAGUUCCCCAAAACCAGCCACACUACCCAAGAACAGCUGAAAGAGCACACUCACCUAUGUGGCAAAAUAGUGGAAAGAUUCAUGAGUAGAAGUGAUAAGCCUACAGAGCCUGGUGAUAGCUGGUUGUCCAAGAUAGACUCUUAGUUCAACUUGAAGCUCACCCACAGAAUUACUUAAUCUACCUGUAAGUUUAACUGUUAGUCUAAAGAGGGACAGAUCUUUAGACCCUAGGAAACAACCUUCCUACAGAGAAUAAAAAAUACUACCACCACAGUUGGCCCAAAAGCAGCCAACAAUUAAGAAAGUGUUUAAGUUUAACAUCAAACUAUCUUAAAUUCUAAUCACUCUACUGAAUUCCUAACAUCACAUUGGACUAAUCUAUUACUUAAUAGAAGCAAUAAUGUUAGUAUAAGUAAUGUGAAGACGUUCUCCAUUGCAUAAGCUUACAUCAGACCAGAAUAAUCCACUGACAGUUAACAGCCUAAUAUUAAUAAACAAUAUAAUAAACACCCUAUUAUUUACACUGUUAACCCAACACAGGUAUGCUCUAAGGAAAGAUUACAAAAAGUAAAAGGAAUUUGGCAAAUCACACCCCACCUGUUUACCAAAAGCACACCUCUAGCAUUACCAGUAUUUGAGGCACUGCCUGCCCAGUGACAUUUGUUCAAUGGCCGCAGUAUCCUGACCGUGCAAAAGUAACAUAAUCACUUGUUCCCUAAGUAGGGACUUGUGUGAAUGGCUGCAGGAGGGUUCGGCUGUCUCUUACUUUUAAUCAGUGAAAUUGACCUAUCCAUGUGGAGGCAGAUAUAAACAAAUAAGACGAGAAGAUCCUACAGAGCUUUCAUUCAUUAAUGCAAAUUAAAACUCAGACAAGCCUACAGGCUAUAGCCUAUUAUUCCUGCAUUGAAAAUUUUGGUUGGGGUGACCUUGGAGCAUAAUUCAACCUCUGAGCAACCUACACUAAGACCACACUAGUCUAGGAGAGUUAAUACAUAUUGACCCAAUAAUUUGAUCAACAGAAUAAGGUACCCUAGGGAUAACGGCACAAUCCAUUCUAGAGUUCACAUUGACAAUAGGGUUUAUGACCUUGAUGUUAAAUCAGGACAUCCUAAUAGUGUAGCCACUAUUAAGGGUUCGUUUGUUCAAUGAUUAAAGUCGAUUAACAUGAUCUGAGUUCAGACCAGUAUAAUCCAGGUUUCUGUCUAUUUAACAUUUCUCCUAGCACAAAAGGACAAGAGAAAUAGGGUCCCUUUCAUAAAGUGCCCUCACUCCAUAGAGGAGGCUAUCUCAUUCUAAAAAAAUCAUCACACACCCUACCCACAAACAGGGUUUG